UGAAUCACAAGGUAAAAAAAGCAGCAGUGAGGUGGCAUCUGAAGUUAAUGAAGCUGACCCCAAAGUUGUCAGGAAUGCGCGAAGGAAGAAGCACCACAAUGGUAAAUGCGAGGUUUGCAAACAAGACGGGCAACUUAUUCUUUGUGCGACAUGCCCACGUCGUUACCAUGCAUCGUGUGUGAAACCAGAAUCAAAAGAAAUUGCUGUGGAUCAUUGGUUCUGUCCAAUAUGUAUAACCUGGAGAAAUUACAUUGAAGAUAUAGAACGGUUUCGUACUGCACAGAAGCAAAAACAGCCUAAGGGAAAGCUUCCUAAAGAAAUAUUAGAAAUGGACAGCAGGUCAAUUGACAUUUAUAGGAAAGCCCUGAAAGAAGGCGAAUAUCGUGCACAUCAUAUAAGAGUGAUGGUUGUUGGACAUUAUGGAGUUGGAAAAACUACCUUAACCAAACGACUUUUUGGAGAUGAGGUCGAUAUUGGUAAACGAGAAAGCACAGACGGUAUCGACGUCCACGUCAAAAGAUGUAAGGUUUCGAUGAAUGAUGGAACAUGGCAAGUACAUGGAAAGCAGACGGAUAAAGACAAAGCACGGAAGGCAAUUUUCCAUCAGCUGGCAAAGUUAUUUAAAAAGGAUGACCAAGAAGUAACUCAACUACAACCUUCAAAGGAGAUGAACUCAAUGUUAGAUAUCGAGGACACAUUACACGAAUCUGCAAAACCUCAGGAAGAAACAAGAUCGCAGACAUGUUCAUGUAUGGAUGUUGAUAAGGCUCAGGAACAGAAAACAACUGUUGAAUAUCCAGAAGACAGAAGAAAAACAGAAACAAAACAUUCUGAUACAGUUAUGAAAGAAUCAGCGGAGAUUAUUUAUUCUCGUCCACAAUCCACCGAUGACAUUGAGGAACCAGCGGUUGAAUCUGUGGAUGAAGACUAUGCACAGAGCUUGCGGCAUUUGAAGAAAUUCAUAGAAAACGUACAAGUUGACAAAGAACAUUUGGGAACAUCCGACCUGUCGUUGUGGGACUUUGCCGGACAGAAUGUGUUUUAUGCAACUCAUCAGGUUUUUUUCUCUCGUCGAGCAGUCUACCUGCUCGUCACAAAUAUUUCCAAGCACAUUGAUGAUACGGUAGACGACGAUCCUUGGCAUACUGACUGCAGAGGAGAGGCAAAGUGCAGAAUUGCAGAAUAUAUUGACUUCUGGUUGAAUUCGAUACAUGAGUUUUGUAGUAACGAAGAAGACGAUGGACCUCCUAUAAUUUUGGUUGGCACUUUUGCAGAUCAGUUAAAAAUGGACAUCUCUCCAGAUGAUGCUUUCAGCAAGUUGAGAGAAUUUCUGGUUGACAAGGUAGCAAGUUGUCAUUUGACCACAGAGGACUUUUUAAUAGAUAACACUACUGAAGAUGGAACAAUUCAGUCGCUAAAGAAACAUAUAUUCGACGAAGCUUCCAAACAGGGAUACUGGGGAGAAGAUAUCCCAGCGAAAUGGGUCACAUUAGAAGACAACCUGAUACGACUCAAGGAGGAAAAUCUAAAGGUAUUAGACAAAGACAAACUGAAGGAACUGAAUAAGACAUUGCCUGCACCUAUUGAAAGUGACAAGGAACUAGAGUUGUUCUUGCAGUUUCAUCAUGAAAUGGGGAACAUCAUAUAUUUCAGGGAACUGAAAGGUGGACUUGGGGAAAUGAAGUUGCAGUCUAUGGUCCUGUUUGCCCUGUGUUGUAGGACAAACAACAACAACAAAAAAUUAUGAAUUUUUCCAUUGAUUGGUGGUGGAGGGGAUAAUAUUGUUGUCAGUUUGAGAAGUAGAAGAAAAAGUAAAUGACUCGGAUCAAAGACCUUUCUGAACAGAUUGAGAAAACAGAAGUCUAC